AAACUGUAAAUAUUGAUGAGAACAAGUGGUUUAUUAGAAAAAUGAAAAUGUCUCGGAAGAAAGAUAGGAUGUCUUCGUAGUCGUUCUAGUCCUUUCGUGAGUAUCAUUCAUCAAUUGUUUUUUAUGAAAAAUGUCGCUCUUCAUCGUGGAUGCUGAAACAUGACAUGCCCUUCAUUUUUUGAGAAAACGCGAAGAGACUCAGACUCCUGUAAUUUGCAAGUAGUGGUUGAGUACGUAGCUAAUUGGAUUCAGCAAGUAAUCGCAUGUCGCGAGACAGCCACGCCUCCGGCGGACGGCGGAGGGGGCAUUCGCUCUAGCCCCGCGGUUGGCCACGUUUUAGGCCGCGCGGAACCUGAAGAGGUGCUCCAUUCGUCGCGCCGUCAGAGCCGCCGCCUGUAGACUGGCAGAUCUCGCUUACCGCGAAAGGCCGCGAAUUGAUUCCAUGAACGAAUUCUGUUGUGCGCGUGGUCCAUUUAGAGUGACAGUCGGCGUAUUGAGUACAGGGGUCGAAGCAUAGACGAUUUUCAUCCGAAGAGCGCACUGCAACGGCUGCAGAGGCAAAAUAUCGAUUUUUUGCUACAUCUUCAAAGUUCAUUUGGCUGCGACGGCUCCCCCUGUUGCACACUUUCGUGAGCUCACAACAUCUCCUUUCAGCACGAUUCGGGAACACUUGUCGAUACACCGUUUCUGACUCGAUAAACAUCACUGUCUAUCGUAGUCGAAUCAAGCCUACAAAUUCAAGAAAUACAACCAGAAGUACAUCUUAUCGAACUACUCAACUUCUCCGACAAGAGGUCGAAUCUCAGUUAUCAAGUUCUCUUUGUUGUAAUAAGAACCUUCUGCGAAGAUGUCAGAAAAUCCGGGGAUCGGUAGCGUGCGCGAUGAGUACGACGCGCUGGGCUACGAGCAGGAUGGGGACGCACUACCUCCGUUCGCGUCGGACAAGGCGAAGGAGAUCGAUGCCGAUAUUAAAAAGGGGGAAGCGGAGAUGGGAAAUCUCGAUUUCCACAUCUCCGAAAAUGCUGAGCGAAUAAAAGUAUUUCCAUCUACUUGUAGUACUUUCUCGUUCAUGCCUUUUAAACUAUACCUGACUCUUCUUAUUGCUUGUCCUUACUAGUCUUGAUACACCUCAUAAUAAUCGUUUGUGCCUUUUUAUGUAUGGCGAUGAAGGUUUUUUCGAUGAUGCUAUCUUCACUAUUUCGGUUUUUUGCUCAUUGUAGGACUUCUGGACAAUUUUGGGGAUUGAUACGAAGAACAAUAGCUAAAGCAACUGUGUGUAGCAAGGAAGCUCAAUAUGCUCUUUUCUCUUACAUUGAAAUCAGGUGAUGGCGGAGCAUCUUACGAAUGUGCAGCAGGAGGUAACACUGACACAGCAAUUAGUAGAAGCUCGAAGGCGAGAGAUGGAAACCGAGGAUCACUUCCGGCAACUAACCGUGAGGCAAGUCGGUAAUUAUGUUCCAGAAAUUAGCCACAUGAGUAGACAUCUUAAAGUAUUUUCAUUUUGAUGAUGUCGCACGUAUUUUCAAGGAAGUGAUUGCACGACCUGCCGACUUGUGUACAAAUCGAUUCGUCUUGUUUGUUUUCUUUGUGAAAGGAAUUUCUCAUAAGAAUAUUCCUUCUCCGUACUAUUUUUACAGGGCGACUCCAGAGUGAGGUAGUGCGCUUGGAGAAGGUCGUUGAAGAGUACAAGGACCGAAGCAACACAAUUCAAACCGACAUUUUCAAGGGCAACGAAAAGCUGGAUCAGUUCAAGCUCGAGAUGAACUGGAACCAAGAAGAGCUAGAACAGUGGGCGCUUGCCGCGCGUCAGAAAGAGGAGGAUGAGAUCGCCCUGGAGCGGUACCGGAGACAAGACGACCAAAAAAUAUCAGAGCUGACGCUGGAAAUCGAAAAACUGACUUUGGAAAAUAAUUCAAAAAAAGGCUCUGUAGAAGAGGAGGUGACCGCAACGCAGGCGCAGCAAAUCGAAAUGGACAAAACCGCUGAAGAAUUCAAGGUAUAUGGGUUUACUACAACAUAGUUUUAGUUUGUUAAGGCUAAACUGACUCUUUCGGAAGAUGUUUCUUUAUCGAUUACAAGUUGAGCGGAGGCUGUAAUAGUCAAUACUCUUACAUCAAGGGGGACAACUUUUAAUUACUAUUUAUCGAUUACAAGUCGAGAAGGUUCACGCCACACAGUGUGAGCUUGAAACCUCUUUUCAUUGGAUAAAAAAGUCUUUGCUUCUAUCUACCUUUUUCAAUCACAGAAAAUGCACGAAGAGCGGCAGCAAUUAAUAAAGCAGUGGGAGCAAACGGUGAUCCAAAUGAAGGGACAAGACGAGCGUCUAAACAAACUUGGUGAGCACUAUGCCGCUGAGAAGGCCGUGGAAAAGCAAAAAGAGGGAAAACUAAAAGAAAAAGAAAGUUUUCUCAAGGACAUCAAAGCCGAGAACGCGAAAGUCACGACCAUAAUAUCCGCGUACUGCUUCGUGGACUGACUUGUUGAUUCUUGAAAUGAAAAUCUAUAUGGUUUUGGAUUCGGAAAUAUACAAAUUGAAAUAAUACUUACAGUCGAAUUCGGCCACAUUAGCACUCGGUCCUGCCUUGCUUGGUAUACUUUCAGAUAUAUGAAUACUCUAUGGUGAAACGUCGCCCUUCAGGUCAGAUCGGCAGCUUAUUCGUGUGAGGCAGGAUCAUUUGGCAAUUAAGGAUGGUUUAGGCGAUUUUCAUGACGAAGUAGAAGUCGUGAAGGGACAGCUGGCGGGACAGGCGACUAUGCAGGCGCAACAGAGAAAUAAGCUAGUCAACCUGAAGGAACAAGUCGAGGAUAAAAAGGUAGUGGCGGUGGUUACUUUUGGCAUCAUCAAUGUUCAACUUUUUUGUUGAACAAAGUUGACUGUUUUUGUUUUCACAAGAAAAUACAGUUGUUCCUUGCUAUAUUACUGUAGGAAAAGAAAAACAUCCACCAUGUAUCAUUCAUUCUUCCCAAAAAUCAAGUGAUUCACUGUGUCUCGUGUCAAUGCUGCAUCCUCUUUUUUCUGUCUAGGUCCGAUUAGUCUUCGUGCAGAAAAAGCUGAUUCAGACGCAGAAAAACUUAGAGGACGAAAAGGACACGGCAAAAGUGAAACAGAUGUCCCUAGAGAAAGCAGAUGAGCUCUACAAACAGGAGAUUCAAGUCCUUGCACAAGCUGAAAAAGAUCUAAAGGUACUUAUAACUUUUGCAUUAGCGGCUAGACGGAGAAGAUGAACAAGAGCAGGAGAAGUCCAAGUCGCUAGUACACCGCAGGAUAUUUCUGUCCGGUUCACGUUCUUGUUGAGCUUGAGCCUGACAUGUGAUUUUUAUGUUUCUUGUACCUCAUUCAUCCCCUUUCAGUUUGUGAAAGAGGAGCUUUUCAAGGAGAUAGAGGAGCUGAAGGCCAUUCAGUCAGAGGAGAAGACAUCACACGGUGAAAUCAGUAGUAUGACCGCUGCGGUGAAAAACCUGGGGACACAAAUCGCGAAACUAGAUCAAGAAAGACAACGACAGCAGGAGUUGCUCUAUGCAGUUGACUUCCAGUGCCAGCUAAUGCAACGGAAGGUAGCUCGAGUCAGCGGUGAUGGAACCGCAGUCGGAAACGAGGAGUUUCAGGGUACUGAUAGAGUUUCAACAUUGAUAGAAACUAAUAGGCUUCCUUUGUCCAAAGAAGCACUCAACUUCGCGUUGAUGAUCAUUACGAUUUCUUUGUUAGAGUCUCACUCUUCGUCGCAGAUUUCCUUUAUUGUCCCAUCUCGUUCUUCAAAUUCAAUCCACUUCCAAUAUUUCCGCCUUUCAGAGAAAAUCCGUGUGCUGGAGGAGCAACUGGCGGAGCAAAAGCAGUUAGAGCAGCUGCUUGUCGCGCAAGUGAAGAGACAGAGUAUUGAGGUCAAAACGGCAGAAAAAAUAGUGGCACAAGUUACUGAGGAAGAAAAGCGUCUAAGCGCAUUCAUGGAUGAACUUCACCUAUUAACCGAAGCCGCUAAUCGCGCAGUCGCAGAAGCCGUUCGAAGACUAUGAGACAGCAAACGCUUAAACUUGAAUCAAAGCCAUGACUACCGUAGUUGUUAGUACUACCUAAAGUUUUUGUGGCAGGGUCUAAGCAGGUUACUUUGGAUCUAAUACUUUUGUUAUGUUGCCAAAUUUGUAAAAAUCCUUUGUAACCUCUACUUUUCGUAGUUCUCCCACUCUAAUCCUGAAAGAGGAAGUUCUGGUGCAGCGGGAUCUGGUCAAGCUAGAGGUGAAGCGAAUACGUGGCACGCUGAACUCGAAGACCGAGAAGGUGUUUACCCUUGAGAACCGAAAGGAGCAGCUUGCAAUUUCGAUGAUCGAGCGAGAGAAGGAAGUUGAGUGCCAUCAGGAGAUUCUCAAGAGCAAACUCAAGGUCGCGGAGGAUAACCGCCAUAAGACAGCAAUAGAACUAGCGGAAAGAACGGCGAAAAUCGGAAAUCUAAAGAUGAAGUUCGAGGGCAUCAAAAACAAAAUGCCAGGAGACGGACAGCAUAGUCAAGCCUACUACGUUCUCAAGGCAGCGCAGGCGAGAGAGGUAAAACCUUGCUUCUGUGACCUCCUGGUUAAACUCAGAAGAACUGCUAUGAGAUCCUAAUUUCAUGAUCCAUGAAGUAAUUCUAUCUUUCUCGUGAAACACAGGAAUUGCAGCGAAAGGGUGACGAGUUGGAUGCGAAUAUCAAAAAGGCGGAAAAAGAGGUGAGGGCGCUAGAGAACACGCUUGCUCAUCUGACUCAUAGAAACGACGCUUACAAAAACAAGUUUCGACAGCAAGCUGACUCAGCCGCAGAAACCGACCAAAAGCAAGUCCUCGAAGAGCAGAACCAGGCUGCCAACGAUAUAUUGUACAUUCAUCUACAGAUGAACAACACCUGGAUUCCUCAACGCAAGUGAGAGAAAGAAGAUAAAAUAUUGGUAUGUGUAUAAUGUCGUGAAAAUGCUUCGACCACUCGCACAACAUGGCAUCACAUCUCGAUCCUUUAAUACUUCGCCCACAGGUACAAGAAAAAGAAGCAGCUUGCUGUGAUUGAACAGGAUCACAGCGAGGAUACCAUGCGAUUAGAGCAUGUACAACGCGAGGGUGAAAACCUAGAUCGCGAGAUCCGCAGUCUAAUGCAGAGGAAGGAUGCAAUGGACGCCAGUUUGCGAACGCUCGAGGAACAAGUCAAAGCUGAAAAACGCGACGCUGUUACGACAAGUUGUAGUUCCUCCAUAGAUAUGUUUCAUAAGACGAUCGCCAACAAAAAUUUUCUAGUGAGCCAUGUGCAACACUUUUAUUGUUUCAGGACCAUGUCUUCUAAUAGUACUUACACCCCAGAUAAUCUAGAUUCCUCCUUCAUUCUUCGCGUGCCAGCAAAGGGAACGCUCGGAUCCUUAGUGCAGACAAAGAAGGCGAAUGCCGCUUUUUUGGGUGUCUUCAAGAGCGCUGUGGCAGACCAUAGGCAGAAGGGCGAGCUUCUUCCAAUCUACGAGAAUUUUUGCCGUGAGAUGGGGAUUGGCGCUUAGGCUCGAAGCUCGUCUGUGAAAAUCGUUUUUGUUUUUGGGUAUGCCCUUCUAGACGCGACACUGGGAUGUUGCGACUAGAUCAAGAGUCACAAAGACUUGUGAUUGCGACGCAUGAUUCAGCUGAGCGAAGGUCUUCAUGCGAUCGCAGUUACGGGUCAGAUGCAUUGGCGUGCGCCAUGAGCAAUGAGGAUACUUGAUGUUCUUCUAAAGUCACGAAAAAUGCAAAAUACCACAAGUCCAAAUGUAAAAAAGUCCAAAAGUAUACAGAAACUCUUCAAAAUCCUUCAUUGACGCUACUGAGUUUAUCAGAUUUUCAAGACAGUUUCCUUCGGCAAGAACUUUUAAAGUUUGAUUUUGAAUUGUCAUAACGGAGUAUCAGCUCUUUCGCCAGGCUUGAAUAAGCCGGGAUUUUCUGAUGCCUAGCUAGUAUCAUCGAUGUUAACAAUGGAUACAGUCAAUUGGUGGGUCACCUGAAAUUAGUCGUGGACGUGAUCAUUCAAGGAUGACAUAUGUCCAUCAAACGCGUAGCUUCAAACGCUUGCGUGAGAAACCAUUGGUGCUUUUACUUCUGUCUAUGAUCGAUGCCAAUCCACCUUAAUUGCUAGCAAAUAUGAUUGAACUUCAGGACUCUGAACUAUAUGGGUCCCGCUUAUCGCCAUUGAGUUUUCCGAACGUAACUUGCAGAACUUGGGUAGUGCGACGCUAUUAAAAUGAACACAAGAAAUGUCGAGUCUUCUGUUGUGAUCUGAUUGGGACGAGGAUUUUUGGUGCAAGCAGCGAGUGGAGUAAACUGUCAGAAGUUUGCGAGAAAAGUGAGUUGGAAAAGGCUCUUAGAGAGCGAACAAAUUAAAAGUGGGAGUUUUUGCAGCUUCCCUGUGCCUCACGUCUCAAAGGAAUCUUAAGAACAAGUCACAAUUUUU